ACAGCUACGGCCCACUGGCCCAGCGAGCUGACCCAGAGUGGGCUGGGCUUCUUCUUCGUCGUCUCAUACCAAUCGUGCGGCGGCGGCGGCGGGGAUGGCGGCGGCGUUGCGCGGGAUCGGAGCGAAGCUGGGGAAGGUGAACCACGAGAAGGUGACGAGCGCGCUGCUGCUGGGCUCAUUCGUGGUGCUGGGGUGGCGUUCGUGGGAGCAGCAGCACGAGAUCGACGAGCUGGAGGCCAGGAAGGCGUCGCUCCGCGCCGCCAACACCGCCAUGUCCUCCGCCAUGUGGGCGUGGCGCGAGGAGCUCUUCGCCCUCGCCGCCGCGCCCUCCCCGCCCAUCUCCGCGUCCCGCCUCCGCGUCAUCUACGGGGAGGAGCAGCCGCCCGCCUCGCCCGCGUCCAAGAAGCCAGGAGCAGAUGCUGAGGAGGAACCAUUUGCUAUUGCAUGAACUCUUUUCCAGUGUGCCUUAGCAUUGUGAAAUAGCAAUAGAGAUCCCUGAAGGUGAUGAUGUGUUUUUAGAUAAUCCUGUAUAAUUUUGCACCGAGAUGCAAACCGUUUCCAGCUUAAACACAAGUAACAGUGCUGUCCUAAUACAGCUUUUCAAUUCUAUAUAGUGAGCCAAUGAGGGGUCUGUAUUUUCUGAUGUCAAUGUUGUCCUCUCCUUGCAUAUUUGCAAACAGGACCAGCACUUCGAUGGUUUAAAUGAUUGAAUCCGUACUUAUGCUUGUCUUGUUUGUAAUUGUAGAAGUACUGUUUGAAUCCAAGUGGAAGAUGGAAUGGAAGACUCGGUAUAGUUGUUUUA